GGGUUUCGGGUCGGGCAGUGCGAAUGCGAAAGAAUGUGUCAGUUGUGCGACAACUUGUGCUGUGAAAGGAUGUCUUGACGCGCGUCCGUUCCAGAGCAGAGCACUCGAAUACACUCGUCACAAUUGUUGGACACAAUUUCCAAGCUAAAUAUUUAUGCAAGCCAAAUAAAAAGAGAGAGAGAGAGAGAGCAAACCAAGGUAAACAAACGGCACAACAGGCUGCGCUUAUCAGAGAAUUUGAGAAACGUUUGAGAAUCGGAGAAACGGAGAAUCGGAGUCAGUCUUCAUUGGCAGCUCGAGCCGUAAUUGUGUUUUGCGAGGAUCUCUUUGUGCGCUGUACGCUAACUUGACUUUUGACACGCUGCCACGCCCACCAUAUUACAAAGUUUUUCAUGGCGUAUCCGCGCCCGUGCUAAUGAUGUCGCGUCGCGCUGAGCCGCCGUGCCACAGCCACAGCCGCAGUCGCUGCGGCAGCCUCAACGAAUCCGUUCCGCCAAACGCAGUUGCCGCCGUUUACGCCGUUGCAAGUCGCGUCGCCGCGUCGUGAGCUCUCAGGUGUUCAGUUCAGGUGUGUUCAGGUGUGUGUUCGUCUAAUUUGCUUUGGCCAUUAAGUUGGCUCGCUCUCGAGAAAUCAAAGCGUGCUUUAGGGCCGCCUUAUCGCGAAAUUACAAUAAUUGAUGCAAUACGUUUCCAAUCAAAAAACCAACCAAGACCAAGACCAAUUAAUGCCAAACCAUCUGCCACGCCCACUCACAUUAUCAGCCCAGUGCAUAUACAUAUAUAUAUAUAUAAAAACUAACAAAUAGUUGAACUUGAAUUCACAACAAAUUUGAAACAAUCGAACGCGUUCCACGAUGGACUUUCAAAGCGCUAUGGAAACCUUCGCCGAGGCCUGGGUGGCCGCAAAUGCCGGACAGCAGAGCCAGGCCCUGGCGCUCACCCGUGCGGCCAAUGCGGCGGCUGUGGUCGCCGCGGCCAAUGCCAAUGCCAAUGCCAAUGCCAAUGCCAAAUCGCCAUCGGCUGCCGCCAGCUUGAUGGACAUGGCCGUCAAGAAGGAGCACUCGCUGUCGCCGACGCACAGCGUCAUUGUCGACGAAGCCGGCGUCGGCCUUGGCCAAUUGCAGCACAGACGCGCCUCGCUGCAGGGCGUGCAGGAGAAGCUGACACAGCUGCAGAUGCAGCAUCAGCAUCACCAGCAACAACAACAGCAGCAACAACAACAACAACAGCAGCAGCAACAGCAGCAACAGGCUGGCUCGGAGGCAGCUAAUGCCGUCGGGCGACGCUCCACAGAGGGCAGUCCGCCUGCCGUGGGCCUGGUGCCGCAUCAGCAUCAGCUGCAACACCAACAACAGCAGCAGCAACAGCAGCAGCAGCAACAAUCGCAGCAGUUGCAGCAGCAGCAGCAGCAGCAGCAGCUUUUGCUCAACUCGGACGCCGGCAGCGGCAACGCGUUGUCCUCCUCGGCGGGCUCUAGUCAGAAUGCCUCCCUGGCGGCGACACCGAAGAGCGAGCGCGAGCGGGAGCGGGAACGGGAGCGCGAGGAGCGCGGCAGCAUCUCCUGCCUGCCGCCAGCCGCUCUGGGCAUGGCCGUGGGCGUCCAGGCACAGCAGCAGGCCGAGAAGCUGCUCAGCCAUCCGGCUUUGGAAUCCCGGCGCGACUUCGAUGUCAGCAAAGUAAAUCCGAAAUCGCUUCCGCUGCACUGCGUCGUGGAGUCCGUGCACUCGCUGCACGCCUCGCUCACCAUAGACACACGCCAGCCGUGGAAACGGCGGCCCAACAUCGAGACGGACAGCUAUGUGAUCAUCGCAGCGGCCACGCCCUGGAGCGAAAUAGUCCAGACGGCGCUGCAGCGUCUCGGCUACUCGCAGGAGGUGGCCAACACGGCAAGAGGCUCGCUCAUCAUCAAGCACUGGAAGCCCAUACCACUGGAACAGAUCUCUGAUAAUCCGGCUGUGCCGGUUAGCGAUAUUGUUGGUGAACUGACCUCGGUGAUAACGCUCCGGAUUGUCAUAUUGCGCCCAAAGACCUCACCCUUUGGCGAGAUCAAGGACAAGCUGCUCAAGCUGCUUGUGCUGCAAUCGCAUGCGCUGCUCCGCUCCACCGGCUGCCCCCUGGAUGAGGUGACGCUCUCGCAGAUUUGUCGUAGCUCGCACCAGAAUACGUACGCUCUGCCCGGCGGCGAGAUACCCGACGAGCUGCGCCGCAAGUUCGAUCAAUGGUGGUCGAAUCAGCUGUCGCCGCAGUCGGCGAUGACGCCAAAGAUGCUGCCGUUCAUGUCGGCGCCGUCGACCGUUGUGCCCGGUGACAUGGACUUUCCGGUGGGCACGGCAAUGGCUGCCGCGGCCGCAGCCGCUGCGGCCCAUGCCGCUGCAGCUGGCGCUGGCGGCGCUGCCAAUCCGCUGGGCGCGAUGAGCAGCCGCGAGUCGCUGCUGCUGGCCAACGAGCAGCUGGCGGCAGCAGCAGCAGCAGCUGGACAUCAUCCGAAUGCGGCUGUGGGCCAGGCCCAGGCCCAGGCCCAGCAGGCGGGCGGGCAUCAUGGCAAUAUGCUGGUGCAUCCGAUGCACGCGGCCAGCAUGCAUCAUCAUCAUCAUCAUGCGGCGACGCAUGGCGGCGGCCAGUAUCCCAGCCAGAAGACGCGCAUGCGCACGAGCUUCGAUCCGGAAAUGGAGCUGCCCAAGCUCCAGAAGUGGUUCGCGGAGAAUCCGCAUCCCUCGCGCCAGCAAAUCCAGACCUAUGUGGUGCAGCUAAACGCGCUCGAGUCGCGCCGCGGCCGCAAGCCCCUCGACGUCAACAAUGUCGUCUAUUGGUUCAAGAAUGCGCGGGCGGCACAGAAGCGCGCCGAGAUGCGAGGCGGCAGCUUGGGGAAUGCGAUGAGCGCGUUGGGGCAUGCCGCCAUGAACGGGUAUCUGAGCCAGCAUGCGCCGCUGGGCCAGAACUCGAGCAGCAGCGCCGGCAGCCAGCCGCUGAGCAUGGGCAAUCUGUCCAUGUCGCACGACUAUCUCAAGAGUCCGAUGAGCCUGAAGUCCGAGGAUAUUGACACCAUGUCCCAGCACUCCGACGAGCUAGGCGAGGAGGAGCAGCCCAGCAGGCCAAGCACGCCCCAGCUGCCGCUCUCGCUGACCACACACGAGCGCCAUCGCGGCUCGCCCAUGCUGGAGGACGAGGAGGAGGAGCAGGAGAGGCAGCAGCAGCAGCAGCAGCAGCCACUGCGCUCCAAGAGCGCCGGCAGCGAUGUGGUCAACGGCGUCGACGAGCACGAGGAGAAGCCCGCCGUGCUCAAAAUGGGCGAAGACGCAACACGUGACCACGACAAUUCCAACUCCAACAAUGCCAAUGUCGAGGCGACUGGCAAUGUGCUCGGCGACGAGGCCGGCGCCAACAACAACAACAAUAACAACAACAACAGCGAGCAGGAGUUAGGCAGCCCGCCGAAGCGCAGCACGCCCAAGGAGGAGGACGACGAUCUGGACAUGGACGAGGACGAUGAGGACAACGAGCAGGAUACCAGCCAUCUGGAUGAGUUUCGUUCGCCGUCGCCGGAUCUGUCCGGCAGCGUGACGCCGCACAAGGAUCAGCUGCCGUUUCCGAUGGUGCCCAACUCGAUGUUCUCGCAGUCCUUCAUGUACAUGAGCCACUAUAUUCCGGCCUUUGGCCAGGCGGCCGCCGCCCAUCCGCAUGCCCAUCAUGCCGCUGCCGCUGCAGCCGCCGCCGGGCUCCAGCCGAAUGCGUUAAUGGGCGGCGCCGGACUGAAUCUGUCGAGCAUUUCGAAUGAGGAGCGCCGUAAGCGCAAUCGCACCUUUAUCGAUCCGGUGACUGAGGUGCCCAAGCUGGAGCAGUGGUUCGCCAUGAAUACGCAUCCCUCGCACAAUCUGAUACUCAAGUAUACCGAGGAUCUGAACACCAUGCCCUAUCGCCAAAAGUUUCCGCGUCUGGAGAGCAAGAACGUGCAGUUCUGGUUCAAGAAUCGACGUGCCAAGUGCAAGCGGCUCAAGAUGUCGCUCUAUGACAACAGCCAGUGCAGCCAGCUGGGCGGGCUCGGCUCCUUUGUGCCCAAGUACGAGGAGCGCGACUAGAGGCCGCUCUCUUUAAAUUGAAAAUAAAACGAAAUUGCAGGCGUAUCGAGAGCUAUAUGUAAAUACACACUAUUUAAGACUUAAGCCCUAUGCAGCUAUGACAACAUAAUUAAGGGGGAAGGGGGAGAAGAGUGACCCCGUCUCUCUCCAAGUAUUAUAGUAAGAGUUGAACCAGUUUUCAGACCCAGUACCAGACCCACUUUCGGUCCCAGUUAGCUAGGCGCACGAACGCCUCAGAAUAUUUAGCAAAAAAUAAAACAGAAAAUAACAAAAAGAAUUAGUUAAAAAUUAUAAUUAGAUCAACUAAUAGGACUUUAAUUUAUCGCAGCUUCUAGCAUGACCUUAUCAAAUAUAUCUAUAUACAUAUAUAAAUAUGACACUAUAAUAUAUAUCGAAAUAAGUUUAACGAUCCAUCAGUUCGCAAAGUUAGGAGUGUGUAACCAAAGAAAGCCAAUUUCAUGUGUAAAUAUGUAUGUUAUACCAAAACUAUUCUAUUACUAUAAAAUAUUUGAAUAGUUACUACGAGCAUUGGGAAUUUCCUGUUUUUCAAAUACUUUCAAGUUUUUGCCUUAGUUCCAGUUCGUUUUCCAGCUUAGCACAUAUCUAUGGAGCAUUAUAUGUUUAAAAGAAAAACAAAAAGAAAAAGAAAAAGAAGAAAAGUAAAAAAACUAAAAAUAUCAAAUAAAUCUAGCCCAAAGAAAGGGGGGCUUCCGUUUAAUGUCCUGGUAUUUAAUACCUGCAAAAUGACAUGACAUUUUCAGCCGAAAACUCAGCUACUGUCUUAAGUAUUCAGUUGUGUAUUUGAAUAAUUCAAUUUCAAGCGUUUGAUAACAAAAAUAACGAGUAGAAUUCACAUUUAUAAAAACUACACAUAAACGUGUUUAAUAAAUUGUUCCACUAGAUCCGUAAGCAUACAAAUCGAAAACAAAAACCAACUAAAUUUACUUGUAAUUUAUUAAAAGCAUAAAAACACACACAAACACACACACGAAUACACACAACACGAAUACACACAACACGCAUACAUUAUAUUACGAUAUGUAUUCCCAGCAAUUAUUAAAUAAUUAAAUAAAUACAAUUUUAAAUGUCAAA